AUGUUGAAACCUGUCGACACAGAAAAGUCUCUUACGUCGCCCCCAAACCCGCCCUUCGUAGAAGGGGGUUUCAGAGGGUAUAUGACUGUAUUUGGUGCAUUUUUUGCGUUGUUCGCCGCGUUCGGUCAAUCGAUGGCGUUCGGAAUCUUUCAGCUAUGGUAUUCACAAAACCAGCUUGUAGACUAUACCGCGUCCGACAUUUCGUGGAUUGGCUCAGUUCAGCUUUGGGUUUUCUUUUUUUCAGGAAGUUUUGUCGGUAGGCUCUUUGACGCAUAUGGGCCAACAUGGCUACUUGCUUCAGGGACUGUCAUCUUGACAUUUUCUCUCAUGAUGACAUCCCUGGCUUCAACGUACUAUGCGCUCAUUCUAGCUCAAGGGGUCGUCUUUGGUAUUGGAUUCGGACUUUUAUUCUUUCCGUCAAUGAGUGCCACCGCUACACACUUCAUGAAGUAUCGAGCCACUGCCCUUGGUGUCGCCGUAGCCGGCAGUAGUGUAGGUGGCGUUGUGUUCCCGAUCAUGUUGCAACGACUCUUCAACACAGUGGGUUUCGGCUGGGCAGUGCGCAUCUCUGCAUUUGUCUGUCUGGCGUGUGGCGUUAUAGCUACUGCAACCGUUUCCAGUCGUCUUCCCACGCGCAAACCUGGUCCAUGGGUCGACGUGUCAUCUCUCAAGGAUGCGAAUUAUGCACUUUUCGUGCUAGGAAGCGCGAUUAGCUGCUUUGGUAUUUUCGUGCCGAUGUACUACAUCGUACAGUAUGCCGAAGGUUCCCACGUCUCUCAGACAGUUGCAUCCGGGGCCCUGUCGGUAAUGAACGCAGGAAGCGUGUUUGGGCGCAUCGUGCCAUCGAUUGCAGCUGAUCUCAUUGGAAGAUACAACACGUUGUUUCCGUCCACAGUACUGAUGGCGAUCUUCACUCUGGCAUUGUGGUUACACGCACACGAUUUGGCAACGAUUAUGACGUAUUCCGUGUUUUAUGGAUUUUUCUCUGGAAGUUGGUUUGCAUUGCAAACCUCUUGCAUCGCCCAGAUAUCAAGAAUGGAAAAGAUUGGAGUCCGGAUGGGAAUGGCAUAUAGCUUGGUUUCUUUCCCUGCCCUCGUUGGUGAACCAAUUGCGGGUGCAAUUUUGGCUCGGGAUAAUGGAAAUUACACGGGUUUGAUAGUUUUCACUGGAGUGUCUUUACUUCUCGGCUCUCUCGUUACUCUCGCUGUCAAGCUAAGAAUAAAUAGCAGUUUACUUGCAAAAGUAUAG